UGCGUUUAUAACACCACGAGCUGCAAGUUGUCGCCGGCAAGCUGAAGUAGUAGCUAUGGCUUUAGACAAAGUUGCUCCCAUCGUUAUAGUGACGCCGUUCAACGUGAUGACGGACUCGUACGAUGAGUUCAUUGAGAAUGUACGCAAAGCUUUAGCCGGCAAAGUUCCUGACAGUCCCACGGUAGUAGGGCCAAAAUCCGAGGUAGCACGCCCCGUGAUGGACAAGGGGACGACGCCCGUGGAGCAGCCGCCGCGGUGGAUCCACGUCGAGCUCCGCGGCAAGACGCAGGGAACGACAACGCCUAAUCCCAAGGUGGCCAUCCGAAGCGACGACGCCUACAUCAUGGGUUUCACCAACAGCACAGGGAGGUGGUUCCAGCUGAGCAAGACGGGGACCAAGUACAAGCUCGUCGACGACAAGGCGGUGAUGGCAGGCUUCGAGGGCAACUACGACACGCUAGUCGGCGGUGUCAAACAUCUGCCCGACUUGAACCUCAACAAGUUUAGCAUGGCGCAAGCAGCUGCCGCGCUCUGGAACAAGGCCAGUACUAUCUCCGGUGGUAUUGGUAACGAUGAUGUCGACGACGACGGCGACAUGCUUCGAGCCAACGACCCGGUAAAGCAAGCAGUGGCGACCCUCGCCGUCGCCGUCUGCGAGGCCGCGAGAUUCAUCCCUGUCUCCAAUGUCGUCAAGGAAGGUUGGAGCAAGGACAGGGUAUCCGUCACACCCGACGAGGUCAACUACAUCAGGGAGUGGGGUGACUUGUCCACCGCGCUGCUCAGCUGGAAGAAGAAGGGUUACAAGGACGAUGCAACCAUUUUCAAAAUAUUCAAUGGUAUCGGGAUAACCAACGGGGAAGAAGCCUUGGCUGUGGUGCGGCUUGUGAAGCGAGUCAUCCGAAGCAACAUGGCGGACGCCCCGACAACCGACGAGCAGCUGCUCGCGUACGCUCAACUACCCAAACACGGGCGCUACAUGGCGGAGGUGUUCGCCGUGCGCAUCCCCGCCACCGCCGGAGGAGACCCGCCCAGCGGCACCAUCUCUUUGCACGGCGGCCACUGCAGCAGCGACUUCAUUUACAGCCCGGAAGAAGAACACACCUCGCAGCAAACCAGCUGCGACAGCCAGGGUAACAUGGUCCUCACUGGACCAUCGGUGGCCACCUCGGCAUACGGUCCAAUUGUCUUCAACCUCGACCUCCAUGACGGCACUCGCGGGCAAGCCGACGAGGAGGAGGAUGAAGAGAACACCGGGAGGAUAGUGUGCGACGCCGUUGGCGGCGACUUCUCCAACUACGAUAAGGCCAUAUCAGAGACUGUCCUCACACGCUGCGGCCCCGCGGAGGUGAUCUACGCAGUUCUAAGCAACGGCGUCCAAGGCCGGGUCGAUGUGAAGCUUGCUGGCCUGCAGUCCCGAGACGAAGUGGUUCUCGUCGGCAGGAUCGUUGCUCGCAGCAAGCUGUUCGAUAUCGGUUGUGUGCUCUUCUACAACGAGGCCGCUGGAGUGCGCGUGCGACCUGGGGAGCUGGUCCCCUUGGCGAGGCAUGCGCUUGCGGUGCCGCUGCACAUGCCGCUCACGAUUGAGCUUGACAUUCGUCAUGGUGGAUCCGGAGAUGAAAUUGUUAGAGGCGAGCUUGAGUUCAAAACUGCCAUCGACGGCCUGCAUACGGGACGUCUUGUUGGUGUCAAUGAUGCUGAAUUCGAGGUGACAAUCUUAUGGUCGGAGUACCCUUGGUAGACAUCCGUGUGAGCGAGCGGACUACUAUCAACUACAAAUACUAUAUGGAACUCAGUACGAGUUGAAAAA